AGCCCGACUCUACAAUCUCUCUCUCUCUCUCUCUACCUUUUUCAGCAUCUAGCUUUUUUGAUCCGCAUCGCUCGCGUCUGUUCGAGGAAAAGGUGUUCAGAUUGUGUUGUCAGUAGGAGGGAGGCUCUGUCCGUGUACGUUUGAACUCGCAAUGGAGAUAAUUAUUGAAGAUUGGACCUAUUCGUGGGUGAAAUUUUAGCACCUGCUGAACGCACACCACCUGUUCGAUGAUAUUCUCCAGAGGAACCGCGUCGAGAUGUAGAGGCAUUCUCGGCCAAUGCCGCGUUGCCCGACAUUGCGAACCGCGCCACGGACGUUUAUGCUCCACGCGGUCGGCCCCGCGGGCGCUGCUCGAGCGGCGGGAUCUCUGCGACGCAGUUUCGACCCCGGUCGGUAGCUUGGAUGACCUGGAAUCGAGUCUUGAUCGGUUCGGAGGCCGUUUGACGUCGUCCCUUGUCACCCAAGUGAUCGACCGUUGCAAGGACGGAGCGCCCACCAGGAGGUUGCUGAGAUUCUUCUCUUGGGCUAGGAAGAAUUUGGGCUCCGGUAUUGAGGAUAAGGAUUUUAACUAUGCAAUUGAGGUGUUUGCGGAGAAGAAGGAUCACACGGCGAUGGAGAUACUGAUCUCGGAUCUUGGGAAAGAAGGCCGGGUGAUGGAUAAACAGACUUAUAGUGUAGUAGCGGAGAAAUUGGUGAGCUUGGGGAGAGAAGGUGAGGCAUUGGGUCUCUUCAAGAACUUGGAGAAAUUCAAAUGUCCCCAGGACAGUGCAACGGUGAUGGCUGUUGUCAAUGCGCUCUGUUCCAAAGGACAUGCCAAGAUGGCCGAGGGGGUAGUUCAGCAUCACAAGAGUAAUUUAGAAGGCAUCGAGCCGUGUAUCUACAGGUGUCUUCUAUACGGGUGGUCUGAGAAGGAGGAUGUGAAGCAAGCGAGGAGAAUUAUCAAGGAGAUGAAAUCUGCUGGGUUUAUGCCAGAUUUGUUUUGCUUUAACACCUUUCUCAGAUGCUUGUGUGAGCAAAACCUUAAGCGUAAUCCUUCAGGUCUCGUUCCAGAAUCUUUGAAUGUGAUGAUGGAAAUGAGAACCUUUAUGAUCGCUCCUAAUUCAAUUAGUUACAAUAUUGUGCUUUCAUGUUUGGGUAGGGCUAGGAGAGUCAAGGAAUCAUGCCAAAUUCUUGACCAAAUGAAGAAGUCAGGGUGUUCUCCAGAUUGGGUGAGUUAUUAUCUAGUUGCGAGAGUAUUAUAUCUGAGCGGAAGAUUCGGCAAGGGCAACAAGAUAGUAGAUGAAAUGAUUGAGCAGGGGUUGGUGCCAGAGCAUAAGUUUUAUUAUGAUCUCAUUGGCAUUCUUUGCGGGGUCGAGAGAGUGAAUCAUGCUCUCGAAUUGUUCAAGCGAAUGAAAAGCAGUUCGUUGGGCGGAUAUGGGCCGGUAUAUGAUGUUCUCAUACCAAAGUUUUGUCGAGGAGGCGAUUUUUGUAAGGCCAGAGAGCUUUGGGAUGAAGCAGCAAGUAAGGGCAUCAAUUUAAGAUGGCCCGAGGACAUGUUGAACCCUCAGAUCACUGAAGUUUUUAAACCAGUGAGGAAGUUGGAGGAUGUUGAGCCUUUGGUAUGCAUGAUUGAAGAGCCCCCAUUGCAAAAUAGUAGGGUCAGAGGAAAGAAAAGGAAGAAGAAGCAGAAGAAGAAAGGCUACAAGAAAGGCAUGAAAUAGAGCUAGUUCAGCACAGUGUCAGUUCAUCGCCUCUCAGUAUUGUAGCUUGCAUAGACCCAUGGAAAAAUGUUCACUUUAGUCCUACAGAGUAUUGAGGUCUCUGGGCCUUGCUGAAUCGAUUUGCAAAGCACUUGUGGGAACAGCAAAUAUUCCUUAUCCUCAUGAAUGACAAUCGAGCGAGACUCGAUUUUUGGGUUUCCCCUGGAAACCCUGAAUAACCACUCAACUUGAGUCAGAUUCACCUGAUGAUCUCAUCAAGAAAGAGUUGAGUUUUCGGAAUAGGAGUACAUGCUAAUGUGCCUAAUUGAUCAUGCCCCGCCUGAACUGUAGGAUCACCCUUGCAUGUGCUGCCCCUUUUGGACGAAGCAAGCAAACAUACAGCUGGGGCCUUUCAUUGCUCGGUUCAGCCCUUUGAUUGCAGAUGCUAUGACUAUUCUCUACUGCAGGCCCGCAAAACGCCGUUGUCCAAGGACAAAAAUAUGGUGGCUCAGCUCAGAUAAGAUCUGAAGGGCCGGAAGGGCCCAUGAAAUGAGGCAAGUGCACCAGCAGUGCACAUGUCAACAAGUCCCACUUGCCAUUUAUUAUCAUUUUCUGUCCCAUGAACAGUGUUUUGGAGCGGCACCUGGCAUAUUCCCCUUAUGUAGCGGCAAAUUGAGGAUGGAAAAAUGAGAACUUUCAAAGAAAUUCAAGAAUGAGAUGCGUUCCCAUUUGACCGUGGAUGAAUUGUGUUUUCUUCCACCGGCAGGGAAAACGAGUAGGAGGGUCAAAUCAGCCUUUUUAUUCAUUUGAUUAUUCGGUUUGA